AAGUCCUGGGUGGUACGAGACAUUAACGCGCCUGGCUGCUAACUGAAGGGCUGGAGGUUCCAGUCCACCCAGAGGUGUCUUGGAAGAAAGGCCUGGUGAUCUGCUUCCGAAAAACAGCCACUGAAAACCCUGUGGGGCACAGUUCUACCCUGACACACACGGGGUCGCCGUGAGUCGGGGCUGACUUGCAGCGACGGGUCCCCUACCGAGGUUUAAUGUGUAGGUCCUCGUUUACUUUGUGAAAUGGGAGUGGAGCAACUGCCGUGGUCCAAGCAGCGUAUUGUAUUCCUAAGAAGGAGAAAGUGGCAAUCAAACGGAUAAACCUUGAGAAAUGUCAGACUAGCAUGGAUGAACUCCUGAAGGAAAUUCAAGCCAUGAGUCAGUGCAAUCACCCCAAUAUCGUGUCUUACUAUACAUCUUUCGUGGUAAAAGAUGAGCUCUGGCUAGUCAUGAAGCUGCUGAGUGGAGGGUCUGUUCUGGACAUUAUUAAGCACAUUGUGGCAAAGGGAGAACACAAAAGUGGAGUCCUGGAUGAGCCCACCAUUGCCACCAUCCUCAAGGAAGUGCUGGAAGGCUUGGAGUACCUGCAUAAGAACGGACAGAUUCACAGAGAUGUGAAAGCUGGAAAUAUUCUUCUUGGAGAAGAUGGCUCAGUACAAAUUGCAGACUUCGGGGUUAGUGCAUUUUUAGCAACUGGCGGUGAUAUUACACGAAAUAAAGUGAGAAAGACCUUUGUGGGCACCCCUUGCUGGAUGGCACCUGAAGUGAUGGAACAGGUCCGAGGCUAUGAUUUCAAAGCUGACAUCUGGAGUUUCGGGAUCACGGCCAUUGAACUGGCCACCGGGGCAGCUCCUUAUCACAAGUACCCACCAAUGAAGGUUUUAAUGCUGACACUGCAGAAUGACCCACCUUCUUUGGAAACUGGUGUCCAAGAUAAAGAAAUGCUGAAAAAAUACGGGAAGUCGUUUAGAAAAAUGAUUUCAUCGUGUCUUCAAAAAGAUCCAGAAAAAAGACCAACAGCAGCAGAACUGUUGAGAAACAAAUUUUUCCAGAAAGCAAAGAAUAAAGAAUUUCUUCAAGAAAAAAUACUACAGAAAGCACCAACCAUUUCUGAAAGAGCUAAAAAGGUUCGGAGAGUACCGGGUUCCAGUGGCCGUCUUCAUAAAACAGAGGAUGGUGGCUGGGAGUGGAGUGAUGAUGAAUUUGAUGAAGAAAGUGAGGAAGGGAAAGCAGCAAUUUCACAACUCAGGUCGCCUCGAGUGAAAGAACCAUUAAAUUCUGAGCUCUUCCCAGCAGCUGACCCUGUGAGUACUUUGCUCCAAGUCCCAGAACAGAUUUCUGCUCAUCUACCUCAGCCAGCUGGCCAGGCCCCUGCACAGCCGACUCAGGUCUCUCUCCCACCGCCCGCAGAGCCAGCACAAACAGCUCAGGCUCUGUCUUCAGGAGCAGGUUCACAAGAGACCAAGAUCCCAAUCAGUCUAGUACUAAGAUUAAGGAAUUCAAAAAAAGAACUAAACGAUAUCCGAUUCGAAUUCACUCCUGGGAGAGAUACAGCGGAGGGUGUCUCUCAGGAGCUCAUUUCUGCUGGCCUGGUCGACGGAAGGGAUUUAGUAAUAGUGGCAGCUAAUUUGCAGAAAAUUGUGGAAGAGCCUCAGUCAAAUCGAUCUGUCACUUUCAAACUGGCAUCUGGUGUAGAAGGCUCGGAUAUCCCUGAUGAUGGUAAACUAAUAGGAUUUGCCCAGCUCAGCAUCAGCUAAACCACAGCCCAGAAGAGGCGGCGGCCCGAGGAGAUCCCACACAUGCGUAUCUCUGUUGCUCCUGUUGGCCUAAGCCCCCUACUGCCAAAGAACCCAGCAGCAAACCUCCCUGGCUAGGAGCUUUAGAGGUCUUGUUAUGUUCUUUCUGCCAUCACCCCCCUUUUCCCCACAGAGAAAGAAAAGUUGGAUCACUACUGGCCAGCAUCCCCCUAACGGGUUGCGUUAGUAAACUUGCCGCACGUGUCCCCUCUCUUCCUCCAUUUGAGGUGUGCCCGGGAGCCUCUAGACCCAGGAAGGAGAUCUGUCAGCUCAUUCUUGCCUUACUGCAGUGACAGCCCUGGGUGGGAAGUAGCAGCUGUUUUCUGGUCCUCUUCCUGCCCGUUUGCCCAUCCCUGUCGGCUUGGGCAUCUUGGACUGUCUCCUUACCACGGAAGGAGCGGUUAAAAGUUGGCUGAUCAGCUGGAACCCAGAGAAUUCCAUUUCGUGUUAUUUUCUUUGUACCUUUGUUAGGAAGAAGCACAGCCUCAGAUGGAGGCAGCCUAAACUGUUGUUGUUUUGUUCAUGAUGUUCUAAGCACCCUGUUCUUCAUUGCUCCCUCCAGAAAGGGGUGCUAGCCUUAACUUCAGCUGGUGCAAAACAUCUGACUGUCGUCCACCUUCAGCCGUCAGACCCCUCAGAAUGGAACUUUGGACUGUUUUUAGAGAAAACAUCAAGCCAUGGCUUGCAAAAGUGAGCUGGUUUUUGAACAGGAAAAAUCAUAACUUAUCAUUGGAGAAGUAUUUAUUUUCAACUCUCUGAAGAUGAAAUUUGAAGAAAAGCUGCUCCUCGACUCCCGUGUAAAUCGGUCUGCCUGAGCCCAAGUCCGAGUCAAGAGGAAGUGGGUGUACGGAGCUGAGAUCCCACAGCAAUAUGGGAGGCGGCUGCCAGAGACGCCUGCCCCUGCCCUCCCCCGCACUGACCCUGCGGAGGGGCCGCACCUCGUGGGCUGAACCUGGCUCCAGAUGGCACCUCGUGGGCUGAACCUGGCUCCGGAUGGCACCUCGUGGGCUGAACCUGGCUCCGGAUGGCACCUCGUGGGCUGAACCUGGCUCCGGAUGGCACCUCGUGGGCUGAACCUGGCUCCGGAUGGCACCUCGUGGGCUGAACCUGGCUCCGGAUGGCACCUCGUGGGCUGAACCUGGCUCCGGAUGGCACCUCGUGGGCUGAACCUGGCUCCGGAAGGCACCUCGUGGGCUGAACCUGGCUCCGGAUGGCACCUCGUGGGCUGAACCUGGCUCCGGAUGGCACCUCGUGGGCUGAACCUGGCUCCGGAUGGCACCUCGUGGGCUGAACCUGGCUCCGGAUGGCACCUCGUGGGCUGAACCUGGCUCCGGAUGGCACCUCGUGGGCUGAACCUGGCUCCGGAUGGCACCUCGUGGGCUGAACCUGGCUCCAGAUGGCAAGGGAAACCACAUGUGCCGCGACCUUGAGGGUUUAUGAGCAGACAGUGUUCACUUGAUUUUCUACAGAAAUAAUAUAAAUUAUUCUUUAGGUUUAAAUAAGAGCACUCAUAAUGCAAUAUGUGAAUAAUCAGUGGGGUUGAUUCUGGUUUGGUUUUGGUUUUUGUCCCUACUGUUUCACGGUCAGCCUUUGUCUAUCUGCUAAUUGCUCUACGAAGUUUUAUAUACGAGCAGGAUGGAUACUUAAUCUGGCCUUAAAGACACAUGAAGAUGGGUUUUGGCCCCAUGGCAAGGGGAGAGUUGCCUCUCACAGAGUCACUCAAGCCCUUUCUGGUGUUGCCGAUCUGAAGAGAAGACCGCUUUAGCUAGUUUUAUCUUGGAGCAUCUCUGAAAGCUCACCCCACAGUUGAUUGGAAUGCCAUUUGUUUCAUUCUGAGCCUGUAGUUCUAGUCCUGGGCUGUCUUCAUUGGCUCCAGGUGUGCAGAGGCACUUUGAGAAGGGGAUGGGUGUUGGGGAGGAAGAAAGUAGGGGUCGACUUGGGGUGGGGGGCGGUGGGUGUUGGGGAGGAAGAGAGAGAGGGGUUGGGUUUGGAAUGACAGGUGGGGAGGAAAGUAGAUUAGAAAGCUAGGCACAAGAGCCUAAGGUCCCAGCAGGACGGAUGAAGGGCAAGAAUCUGCUCCUCUGGGAGAGAGAAGGAGACUGAUAGUUUGCUGGAAGGAUACUUAGCUUUCAUUUGCAUUGUCUUUGUGGGGGCGCUGGGGAGGGGACAGGGAGGUGAGUUGGGAGUGAGGUAUGGAACAGAGAUGCUGUCCUCUUUGGCUUAACCUUGGCUUCAGACAAACCCGUCCUAACCUGCUUACUUACGGAUCCAAGGCUGGCUGACAUCAUUCUGGUCUAGCUUUCUGCGUGGAGGUAGGCUGGUGCCCAGGCUGGCAGUGAGCAGCGAGCUGACCGUGCUUACCUUCUCCAGCCUUGGCCUUUACCUCUGAACUGCACUGGGCAGGCACAAUAGUAGAACUAGGCUGGGCCUUCUUUCUCUUCGCAGUUCGUUGUUUGCCCUGCUGGGAAUUAGGAGCAGCACCAGGCCCCAGGACAUGUUAACUUCUUCUGCAUGAUGUGUGGUAGACUCCCUUUGCUGGCUUGUGCAGUGGUGCUGAGAAAAUAAGUGAACAGAAACUGCCCAGGUGGGUUAGCAGGUGAUGUCACGAGGAGCAUGGCCCAGCGUGCACAUGUCUUUAGGGCCCUGGGACCCUCUGGCCCCUAGGGUAGGGACUAACUGUAGUACAGGUAACAUGUGCCAAUGCAGUUUGUGAAAUACGUGGUCUUUCUAAAUGACUAAUGGAUUUGUUUGGGUUUUUUUUGCUUACGUUCUGACCCAAACUCUAGAGCCCGUAGUAUUUAAUCAUCUGGAGGAUAAAAUGAUGGUGUCAAUAAAUGGGAGGUCCUCCUUACGACGUAUGCUAGAUUAUGAAAGAUGUAAAAUUUUCAACUUUUUUUUUCUUCUUUUUUUGGACUUUGUAUUUUACCGCAUGUUUCCUUCAUUUUUAAUCAAUAAAGAGUAAAUUGUC